UAAUUCUUCACUAGGUUCUAGGUUUUGAAAUGUUUAGUGUCGGACGGAUGCUCUCUUGGGCUCUCUAGACUCUCAGAAAGGAAGCGUGUGAAGAUAAGAAAUAAGAAGUGUAUUAAGAACAAGGUGAAUGAAGAUUAGUCAGACGAGAUUUCAUUUUUGAUACUAGUUUGGAAUGUGAAUGAGCCAAGAUUAGACAGAUUAAAUACUUCCUUUAAUCUUUGCAGUGUAUUAAGAACAAGAAUGUUCUCAGAAAAAGUCAAAGGAUCUCGAUGAUUUAUAGAACAAUACCAAAAUGGACCGUUCUCAGUGUGAGUUUGAUGACGAACUCCUUCCCUUUGACGUCAUCCAAAGAGAAAAUUAUGACCCAAUGCGACGAAUACCCGAAAAACUGACACAAAAAGAUGGAGGAACCAGAAUAAUGGAAAGUGGAGAGAAUGCUUGGGAAGAAAGUAGUUCUUCUUGGGCUUCGAGUAGCGCAGGCGAGACUCCUUCGUAUGGAAGUACUAGCCUAGCUUUCGAAUUUGAACAGAAAUGUAAUAUGGCGGAACCAAUUACUAACGAGUGCUGCCAAACAGUAAGCGAAAGACCAUCUACUAGUGAUUGUCAAAAAGAUGAAGAAAUGGUAAGAUGUGAAAGCCUGUCAUCAGAUCAACUCGCAGAAGUUGACAGUCAGGAGUCUGGAUCUGAUACUACCAACGACUGGGUCUGUGGCGUCCGAACAAAAGUUCGAAAGGGAUCGGGAGAUAACUGCAAGCUACCAGGUGGCGCUGCAAUGGCUGCUUCUAUAUCAAAAGGAACUGAGAAGAUUUCUCGACUGCUCAGAAGAACGCACAGCGCAGGAUGUUCUAAAGACGUUCCAGCUCACGCACUAUUUCUUAGGGAAGAGCUACAUGUUACUGAAGCUAAAUCUGCUGAUUCUAGUUCUGCCAUGACUUGUGAACUCGAAGAAGGGGAAGACAGAAAAAAACACCGGAAGUCCCUAGCACAAGACAUGAAACUGAGACUCGGUUUUUUGCGUCGGAGACAUACUGACAGUUCUAUUCAGGCAACAAUAAGACCUUCGCCUGAGGAAGCAGGAAAGUGGGCGGAAUCUUUCAACGAACUGAUGGCAAGCAAAUAUGGUUCCUCGCUCUUCAAGGCCUUUUUGUCUAGAGAAUUCAGCGAAGAAAAUAUUGAGUUUUGGUUGGCUUGUGAAGAGUUCAAAAAGACAAGGUCCAACAAACUGCCAUCCAAAGCACGGAAGAUAUACAGCGACUUCGUUGCAGUUCAAGCACCAAAGGAGGUGAAUCUCGAUUCUACCACACGAAUGGCUGUAAUGAACAGUCUUUCCAAUCCGGAUCAUCAUUCGUUUGAUCAAGCCCAAAGAAAGGUCCAAGGGUUGAUGGAACGUGAUGCUUACCACCGGUUUCUCCAGUCUGAAUUUUACCUAGAAUUACUUCAGGGCUCUAGAUGAGUAGGCCAGCGUUGUUUUCAACUUUUGGAACGUUUGACAACACCUUGCUGGUUCAAGGUUCCGGUUAAUGAAAAGCCGAACAUGAAUGUUAAUUUCACAUUAAUACUUCAGAAAACAACAUUGUAUAAACUUUUUGAAAACAUUAUUUGUUCCACGUUGCUGGACGACCCCAAGGCCUUUAAAUACAACUUAUUGUUAGAGAUCAUCAUGUGGUAAACAAUGACUGAGCAAGUAAAUAAACGAUCAUCAUGUGGUAAACAAUGACUGAGCAAGUCAAUAAACAGAAACACGGCGUAAUAAAUAUGCCGAACUAUCUCAUAUCACAAAUGACAUAUCUGCAACAAUCACAAAAAUUCAAGGUUCUUCAAAAGCUUUGGUAAACGUGAUUUUAACUACUAAUUUAACGACUGUUCAGUAUAAAAAAUUAGAAGUAAUACCAGGGUGUGUGAAAAUUAUUCCUGGUAACAAAUCUCAAGAAAGAGAACAAAAACUUGGUAGUACUGCUGUUAAUUCUCUGAUGAGGAACACUAAACGGUUAUAUACGUGGCAAUACUAGGUCUGUUGUUAAUGUUAAUUUCAAAUUUCAUGUACAUUCCGUAUUUAUUUAAUCUGUGUUGUGUGAAAUGUGGACUAAACUAGGGUUCUAUCCAACGCCUUUAUGCCCCAUUUUAAAGGAAAUUUAUAUAGCAUUGUUAUAUUAUUUUCUUUGUUUGAUAAUGAGAAUAUACAGCCGAUCAGAUAAUCUUGGAUUCAAUAAUACACGUUUUUCCAGAAUUUGGGAAAAAAAUAAUUAUGAAUUCGAAUGUGAAACAAAAUUUAUGAGUAAAAAAAACUGUGAUUAUUUAAGCAAUUCGAUCUUGAGACGAAAAAAAAAGGGAAUUGUGAGAUUAAUAAAAUUACUUAUUGUUUGCAUUGUUUCUUCUUAGGUAUUCCAACUGGUAUAACUUUCACCUGAAGAAUUUUGAUAUCUAAAUUUUCAGAAGAAUACUUAACAACAUACAAUAGUUGACAGUACUCUUAUUCUUUACGUGCUUUAUUCGAAGCAAUGAUCUAUAUAAAAAUUAAAAUAUUUAUUAAGAUGGUUCUAAAUUUACAAUACGUUAAUACGUUAUUAGCUAGUCUUAACUAGUAGUUCCUGUUACUUACACUACCCUUUGAUCUGUGUCAACUAGGCUUAGCUAAUUGUUCUGUAUUUACAAUACAUUUACACUGUUAACUUGGCUGAACUAGUAGUUCUGUUAUUUACAAUACCUAUAUACUGUGUCAACUAAGCUUAGCUAAUAGUUCUAUAUUUACAAUACAUUAAAGCUGCGUCAACUAGGCUUAACUAAUUUAUUUAUUUGUGAGCUAGAAGUAUGAAUAAGUAUCUAACACACACGGGAAAUUUUGUCUGGAAAAGAGCAUGUAAACUUUUAUAUACAUUGUCUAAACAAUUAGCCAUCGUUUAUAUCAACUUGUUCUUUUAACUGUUUGAUUACCUUUGAAAUAAGUAUGAAUUAUACUUUGGUUCUGUUUUAAGUAAUGGGCAUCAAUAGUUAGUCGAGAAUAACUCAGGUUUUUACGGAUUAACUUGAUCGUAGUGUUCUAUUUAUACUCCGUAAUAAUUCUAUAUUGUUUAAGUAUCGAAACAUUUCAUUAUAAAUAUUAGUUUGUUUGUUUUAAUACAAAGCCCCACGACAGGCUAUAUGUGCCCUAUCCACCAGCGUUGUAAGUUUGUAAAUUUGCUGCUAACCCGCUGGGGGACAUUUUAGUUCGUGAAUAUUGGAAUAUACGUUUAGACGAAAUCUUCAUAACACAGAAAAGGAAGAAACUGAAAUUCAAAAAUAUUUCCACAUAUAUGGAACAAUAACAUGUAGUAUAUGGAACAAGUUCACGGACAGUAAA